AAUAACCUGAGGUAAUACUAUGGUAAUACCUCCAUCAGGACAGGUAGGGGGUUGAGACUGAUCUGAACUGGGUCAGGGGUCAAACUGCCUACGUCACAAGCUCCUAAGAUGGCGUUUUGAUGACGACGGGAGAAGUAAGGACCCCUGCCCUUGUUUAAAAGUGACACCAAUGCAAAACAUCAAGGGUAGGCGAUGGAGCUCCCCAACUACGCCAAUCAACUGCUUCUUCAGCUCAAUCAACAACGAUCCAAGGGCUUCCUGUGCGAUGUCAUCAUCAUGGUUGAGAAUACGCUCUUCCGAGCCCACAAAAGUGUCCUCGCCGCCACCAGCCACUACUUCAAGUCCCUUGUCCUUCAUGAUAACCUCAUCCACCUUGACCCUGAUAUGGUGGAUCCAGCUGUUUUCCAGCAAAUUCUGGAUUUCAUUUACACCGGUAAAUUGUCAGAUGAGACUUUUGAGGGACUGGAUUUGAGCUCUCUGCUCACCACAGCAAACUUUCUCCAGCUCAAUGACCUCGCAAACCUGUGUUCCAGUAAGAUGAACCAAAAUGGAUCCCUCAAUAGUGUAGCUUGUGGGAGCUCCAAAUCUUCAUUUCGCCUGUACGAAGACCACUCAUCAGACACUGAAACAUAUACGUGUAUGACUCCUCCCAAAAAAAGGCAUAAUGCUGAAAGUAAAUGUAUUGCAAGGAAAAAGCAGGAAUUGGGGUUGGAUUUGUCUAAGAAAAAUGUUCAUUCUGAGACAACAGUCAAUGAUGAGUUUUUUCUUUCUAGAAACAUCUCCAACAAUAUGCAGCUAGGAAUAAAUGGGAAGUGUGUUCCAAAGAAAGAGAAGUGGAUAAUUCCUUUGGAUGGAGCUCAGGAAAGAAAAAGGGAGGGAUCCCGAAGAAAAUCCAAGGUCAAUGGUUACAUUCCUCUUAGCAGGGUUGGAAGUCAAUUAAGCCAGAAUCAGACUUUCACUUUACAGUUGUCUGUAAAGAAAGAGAAAGGAAUUGGAGGGAAAAAAGACGAAACUGACGGCCAAAAACCAAACAAUGGCAGCACCAAUUUUAUUUACCAAAAGGAGACCUUUCUCAAAGAAGCUGAAGAGGACAACCCUUACGUUUGUAUACCAUGUGAAAAGGGUUUUCCCUCCUCUGAGAGUCUCAAGUCCCAUGUGGAAAGUCAUUUGGAUGAAGACCUGGAAGUGAAGGUUGAGGAUGAGGAGGAAGAGGAACGUGAUGGAGACCCUGGAGUCACCAGAGUCUCGCAUGAAGCUGCUGAAAGCCUGGAGCAAAGUCCGCUAAAGUCCCUCAAAGAUGUUGACACCUUGCGUCCAUUCCCUUGCAACAUUUGCGGCAAGAUGUUCACACAACGUGGCACGAUGACCCGCCACAUGCGCAGCCACCUUGGCCUAAAGCCGUUUGCUUGUGAGGAGUGUGGUAUGCGCUUCACCAGGCAGUACCGUCUCACUGAGCACAUGCGUGUCCAUUCAGGGGAGAAACCGUAUGAGUGCCAGGUCUGUGGUGGGAAAUUUACGCAACAAAGAAACCUCAUUAGUCACAUGCGGAUGCAUACCUCAGCAUCUUAGAACCAGGUCAAAGAGCCCUAAACUUGGAUAAUGCAGAUACCAACAGUUCUCCAAAGUGCUUUGGUUUAGGUUCUUUUAACUAGGGUUCAGUUUUCCCACAAGUUCUCCAGAACACUACAAAGUUUCAUAUAGAUCUUCUUUACAGAGGUUUCUUUUUCUUUUUAGCUAACUUUAGCUUCAUCCAAAUAUUUUGUCUAGAAUUCUAAAAAGAGUCCUCUAGCAUAAAAAGGAAAUCUCUGUAGUCUAAUCUAUGGUACAAUUUUGGCCACAAAUUUUAGAAUUCUAUGAAAAUUCCUCUGGAUUUUCUCUGCAGAGUUUACUUUUUGGUCUAAUUUAGGGUUCAGUUUCAGCCAUAACUUCUUAAAUUCUACAAAGAUUCUUCUAGCUCAAAAAUGAUACCUCUAAAGAUCUAGAGUAGGGCUAUGUUCACUCUGUCAGUCCAAAUCCUAUUAUUCGUGUAUCUGAGUCGAAUUCUUGUUAGCGACUGUCCACACUGUGCAUUGCUACUGUUUGGAUCUGAUUUGUAUGUACCAUGGCUCUUUCAUUUAUUUACCGGAAUAUCUGCAUUGGUAUCUUAUGGGGAAGCGGCAGAUACGUAGGAGGCUAGUAUGAGCGGCUUUAUUCUGUGCUGUUGUCUCCACCAGUCUCAAAACAUGUAUAUUUUCAUUUUCUGCUCGUCUGGCACUUUGCCAACACAACUUUGUUUCUGCAGUGACUUUCAGCAUGUUUCUUAUAACAACGUGUUUACAAAUAUAAUAGGAUUCUAAUCAGAUAUCCACAAAACUCAGAUUUGGACUGACACAAGAACAAGGCUUAGGAGCCAACUUGGAGGGCUGCCUUCCUACAGAUUUGGGUUUCAACCCUGCUCCUAUCAACUGAUUAUCUAGAUCAGGUGCAUUUAAUCAGGGUUGAUAAGCCCUGCAGUAGCAGGGUUCCUCAAAUCUGGCCCUAGAGGGCCACUGUCCUGCAGAGUUUAGCUUAAACCCUGGUCAAACUCUCCUACUUGUAGUUGAAGACUUUGAGUGGCUUGUUCAUGUGUCCUUGAUUAGGGAUUGAGCUAAACUGGGCAGUAGUCUUCCAGAGCCGGAUUUGAGGAACCCCGAUCUAAAGUAGGGAAGCAAAACUCUAUUCCUGCAGAGUUUAGCUUCAACUCUAAUUAAAUGCACCUGAUCAAGCUAAUCAAGUCAUUCAGCAUUAUUUGGUUUGUGUGUUUGAGCAGGGUUGGGACUAAACCAGGGGUGUUCAAACUCAGUUCUGGAGGGCCACUGUUCUGCAGAGUUUAGCUCCAGCUUUCCUCAACACACCUGCUUGGAAGUUUCUAGUAUGGGUUGGAGCUAAACUCUGCAGGAUAGUGGCCCUCCAUGAGCAGGACUGGACACCCCUCGACUAAACAUUGCAGGACUGUGGCCCUCCAGGAGCUGAGUUUGGCACUCCUAAUAUAGAGGGUUCUUUGUAGAAUUCUGCGAAUUUGUGGCCAAAAUGGAACCCCACAUUAUCUCAAAAGGAAACCUCUGUACCCUAUUCAAGGGUUCAGGUUUGGCCACAAAUCCUCCAGAACUCUAUAUGAAGAUUGAUUUAGUUUACCUUUUGAGAUAAUCUAGUAGUCCGUUCGGAUCACAAGUCCUUUAGGAUUCUACAAAAGAAUCCUCUUACUCUUCUCUACACUCAUUUCCUUUUUGAGCAAAUCUAGGGUUCAUUUACGCCCAUAAAUUCUACCAAGAUUCUUCUAGCUGCAAAUGAAACUUCUGUAGAGAAGACCUAGAGCAUUAUUUUAAGCAUUAGUUUUCUACUCUCAAAAAGAAAACCAUUGUUGUUUAAACUAGGGUUCAGUAAGGUUUCUCUACAGUUGACUUUUUUUUUUAGUUAAUCUAGUUCAGUUUUGCCCGCAAAUCCUCUAGAAUGCUACAAAGAAUGAUCCUGCUCUUCGUAGAAGUAUGGCGAUGCCAUUUCCUGAUAAGUAUAAAAAUGCCAACUUCAGCCAAUACCUGCUGUUAUACCUCUUUCUAUGAACUUUCUUAUUCUUCUUGUGCAUGAGUUAUUGUUAUUGUUAGUGUGUAGCUAAACAAAUAUCAAGUUUAUCCACUUAGAUGUAGUUUGAUCUAUUAAAACGAAAAUUACCUCAAAUAGCUAGUAAUUCUCUCAGAAAUGAAACAACCGAAUGUUCCUGGUGAUGCCAGGUAUUUUACAGCAGUGACAUGCGAUACCUCUCGAAUGUAAUUUAGGAAUCAUGAUAUAGUUUAGGCUUCAGAAACGGACCGCUAUAAAAAGCUAUCUGGUUGUUUACUUGAAUACACAAACUUGCUACCUCAGAUUAAACCAAACCCUCUGAUUAGCCUGUAUGAGAUUAAGACUACAUGUUGGACAAGAUAAACUACAUGCUGUCUUCCAUAAUACAGUCACUCUGUCUAGUUUAGUUAAUGAGCUUAAACUGACAUCUGAUCCAAAAUGGAGGAAAACACACUGCCUCUUUUAAUGUACACUUUUCAGGGGGUCAGGUAAUACUUCACUGUAGGGUUGCAGCUGGUGAAGUCAUAUUGCUUGAGCAAUUAGGGUGUUUUGAUGUACAGUUCCAAAGAAAUGUUGAAUGUUGAAAUGCUGAAGAAAUACUGUAAAACUAUAUAACCAAAUCUAUAUUCUUGCUAAAUAUUUAAGUCUAAUUUAUGCUUUUUUCAAUUCAGGUUUAUAUUAUAAUCAUUUUUCUUUUCUUUUUUCAGGGGUUUUCCUUUGGGUUUUUAAUUAUUAUUUCCCAAUGCUUCAACCAAUGGCUUAAUUUAUGCAGCAUGUUGUCCAUAUUUUCUUGUGGCAUGUGCAUUGUUCUUACGAUUUUAAAAAUGUUAGGUUUAGCAGAUUGCAUUCAC